AUGCUUCUACUAUUUUUAUUUUUUACUUUAAUAAAAAUUAAUUUGACUUCAUAUCAAAAUGUUUCAUUUUUUAGAAAAAACUAUUAUCAUCAUGAUGUAGGAAAAGUACUAUAUUUAUUAAGUUUAGAUUCAUAUUCAAGAAUUCCAGGACAAUGUAUUUCAAGUAAUAUACCAAUUAUUUCAACAUACUCCCCUUUAACAAAAGGAAAAGUUAUUUGUGAUAAACGUGGAAAUAAAUGUUCAUUUUUUAUAUUAAUUGACUCAAGAGCACAAAAUAUGAUUAUUUCAAUUAGUGGAGCUAGAAGUAAUUACCAAUUUAUUCAACAGUUACAUUCUUUCACAAAAGGAACUUUAGAUUUUUUUAAGAUGGGACAUGUAAAUAGUUAUAUUGCUAAUGCACAUCAAUGUGUAUGGGAGAUUGUUAAAAAAUUUUUAAAAAAAAAAAUUUUUACAAAUUACAGUAUUAUUUUGACAGGUCAUUCUUUUGGUGGAGCAAUUGCUGCACUUACAGCUUUAAGAAUACAAAUUAGUAAUUAUAAAAAAAGUAAUCAAAUAUUUUUAUAUACAUAUGGAGAACCAAGAUUUGGAACAUAUUUAUUUGCAAAGAACUUUGAUGCUAGAAUACCUAAUAGUUUUCGUGUGGUUUAUAGCACUGAUAUCAUACCACAUUUACCUCCGUGUAAAAAAUUAAAAAAACACAGAAGACGAUUUCAUUUUUUCAGAACAAAUUAUCCAUGUGAUGAACGUAGUUUAAAUUCAUAUUAUCAUCAUAGCACUGAGGUAUGGUAUCCAAAAUGUUGUAACAGAGGUUGUAUCAUAAAGGUAUGUAAAGGAUAUCCAAAAGGAGAAGAUUCAAAUUGUAGCAAUCAAUUAAAUUUUAAUCUUACUAAUAUUUUUAAAUAUAAAAAAUAUCAUAGAGGUUAUUUUAAUGAAUAUAAUUAUAAUAAUUUUGGUAUAGUAAAUCAAGGUUUUAAUUUAGAUUGCUAA